AAGGGUCAUGUUUAUUUAAAUAAAUUUCUUUGUUUACAUGCUGUUGUCACGUUUUGUGUUUAAAUAUGUCUUCGACACCAGGAAGAGAAAACGUUGUUAAUUUUACUGACAAUCUCACACCUGUUAGAUUUUUGGAUAGCCCACGCUUAAAAUCAAAUUCUGAGGAUGCAAAUUUUUCAGCUUGCAAGGUUCGUUUAGGAGAGAUUGUUUUACUUCUGCAGACUAAUUACUCUAAGUGGUUGGUGGCUCAAAAGAGAGGUACAGCUAUUUGUACGUCGAUUGAAGCAAUAAAGACGCGUGCAAUUGAAGUUAAAGAACCGUCCUCUCAAAUUAAUAGUGACAUUAAAGUAACCACUGAUACACUUUAUCCAAAUGAUUUGAAACUAUAUGUAGACAGAUUAAAUAUAAUUUUGUCUAUAUUCGAAGACAUAACAAAAAGUGCAAAAAAGUCACUGCAGCAAUUGAUUUCAUUAAGUAAGUUGGCUGGCACCUCAGAUAAAAUUUUUUAUCGCACGUGGAAGUUGGUGCUUUAUAUUAACUUUUUAGAGCAAUUAUAUGCGUGUUAUGAAAAAGAAAGCAGCGUAAAACAAUUCGUUGCUCGUGAAUUACCGCACUGCAUGAACAGAGCCGACUUGAUACGUUGCACAACUGCAUGGGAUUAUCCCCAAUACAUCGAUGAAUGGACGUCAUUGAAGUUCGCUUUGUUGAAAGAAGAAAUUAAAUGACAAGUUACUGGAUUCAAAAUUUAACAUUGGCUUAUGUACUAUACCUUUAAUAAAAGA